CUCCAGUACUUCAAGGCUGUUGGCUACAUUGUGUCUGACAUAUUUUGAGAAGCAAUUAUCCAUAAGGAGCGUGGCCACUGUUUGCCAUCAAAUAUAUGUAUCGUUUCUGAAGUGUGAACACAUUGAUUUCGCAGCUGCUGUGGAAGCGUACAAACCCUAGCGGACGAAAAGACAUAUAUAAGGAAAACUUCAGAUUUUUAAAAGGGUUCCAUUGAUCAAACCUCUCAGUUUAAUUGCUAAUUUACUUUUCCUGUUACUAGCUAUUGGGUUUAUAAUUCCCAAAGGAUAACACCAUGUCAUUUGGCAAUUGCAGCCACUUAAUGCAGUGGUAUACCCAUCGAGAACAGCUUAAAGUAAGCUCUUUGUGCUUUGUCAUAACAACUGGACUUCUUAGUAUGCCGAUAGCCGUUUCUAACGCUCUGAUAUUGCUGACGAUCUGGCGUAAACCAGCAUUUCAAAGUCCUUCAAAUAUCUUCAUUUGCAAUCUCGCCUUGUCCGACAUUGCGGUUGCUGUUAUUGGGAUUCCUCUAUGGAUUUCCUCAAAAGUGUAUGACCUAAUGUCCGGGGAUCCAGACACUGCUUGCACUUUGGCUUACAGCGCGACAGUUGCAGGAACUACUGUUAGUGGGGCUUCGUGUCUUACUCUGAUUUCAGCCAUUUUGGAUCGCUAUCUGGCUCUACGCCUACACCUUCGCUACCCUUCGGUGGUAACAAAACGUCGAGUAGCUAUGGUUUGUGGCUGUACAUGGUUUACAUCGCUCUCGGUUGCAAUAGCUGUUUUUAUUGGUAUAACUGUAUAUGACUUCGCUGUGAUAUCAGUUAUGAUACCAUAUACGAUCUUACUUUUCUUUUCUUACUAUAAGAUUUUUAGGGUGGUACACCGCCACCAAAACCAGAUUCAUGCCCAGAAUAACGACACUCAAAAAGGACCGUCUCUGAAUAUUUCCCGUUACAAGAAAACAGUCUCAGCGCUGGCAUACUUGCUAAUUGUAUUCUUUAUUUUGUAUUCUCCUAUCGUGGGAUUUUCCUUUUAUCAUCAAGUAAGAGGCCCUACAUUGCUCUAUAUGCAUGGAUGGACAAUAUCUAUACUUCUGCUCUUCUUCAACUCUGCUGUCAAUCCUUUAAUUUGUUGCUGGAAGCUUGGGGACUUGAGACGGGCUAUGAAAAAGACAUUGUUCAAGUUCAUCCGAAAAGAUGACGUUUCCGUUACGUGGGCUACUGAAACAGCUGGGAACACCUUUCAAUGAACGGCAGAUUCAGAUUAUGCUUACAAUUUCGCAAAUAAAACAAGAGCAUAUGUUGAUCAAUCGGUUUCCAAAACGCUGCAUGGUCCGCAAGUGAGCAUUUAUAUGAACACCGAACAGAACUUGAACAGUUUGACGCCCUAUUAAAGCAUUGGUUGCAAGGUGUACACAUGAAAUAAGAAUGGUUAUUAAUACAUAACUGUAUCAAACCGAAAAUCUUCGCAAACAUACUUGACAAGUGUUGCUGUAAUUGAGAGAUCUCAUGACAGUUUUAAAAUUGAACAUCAAAAGCUGCCAUGUAGUGUUUCUCACCGUAUAAUUACUAUGUUGAGGUCAUUAAAAAAUACGAGCGAUAUCUAUAUUUUUUCAUCUUGAGAAAACAUAGUAAAAAAGUACAGUUUCCCGUAAAAUAUUUAAAUUCAAAUUUGAAGAAAAUCUUACUCUUCGCAUAUAUUGUAAAUUAAUAUAUUAUAGAGCCUGGUAAUAUUCUUGACGAGAACCUAUUCUGAAAAGAGGAAUUAUAAUAUCACGCAAAGUGUAUUAUCAUUGUUUUUUGGGGAGGAACAGAAGAUCUUCUGUCAAAAUUAGAUUUUGAACUCAAACAAAAAAAGAUAACUCAUAGAAAUAAAG